CAUGUUAUAUCUGGCCAGUUUUUAGUCUCUAUAGCACGGUGUUUGACUGGCAUAAAGAUGGCCCAAACUUUUUCUAUUUUUGUAUAAUUCUUCAACACAAAAGAGAGAAGGUACUGAAGAAUAGAUGUUUGGUGGGCAGAAUUGGUGGUUGUCCUUCUGUAGGAGUUUGCCAACUACAAAACACGUUUUGUGAUACUUAUUUUCUCUAGAAGCUGAUGCCAAUCCCCAAAGCUUUUGAAGGUGUGUGUGAAGGAUGUGUGCUAGGCAAUCACCAUAAAGAUCCUUUUCGUUCAAGAAAAGCAUGGAGAGUCAAUCAUCCAGUACAACUCAUUCAUGAUGAUUUAUGUGAACUGGGUUAUCCUUCACUAUUAGGCGCUAGGUAGUGAUGAUGAUAUUUCAGCUAGACAAGAGACAAGGAGUGUUGAAAAGAUAUGUAGGCAAGGUUUGAAGAUCUGAGGAAGGAAUGGCAUGCUCUCAUGGCCAAAAUCUUACAGAUAAAUGACACAAUCUCAUAUGAGCAAGCUAGAGGGAAGAAAGAAUGGGAGCAAGCCAUGAAAGAGGAAUUUGAUGUAUUGCUAAAGAACAAAACUUGAAAACUUAUGCUCCUCCCCAAAAGAAAGAAUCUGAGCAAGGCAUGAAAGAUGAAUUUGAUGUAUUGCUAAAGAACAAAAAAUGAAUACUUAUGCUCCUCCCCAAAGGAUUCUUCUGGGAGUGACAGUGAAGAUGGCUCACAAAGUGAGAAGAAUAUUUCUCCAAGUGACGAAUACAACAGUGAAGAUGAAGAACAGGAGAACUGCAUUGCAACUAGAAUAAGCAGAAUGCCUGAUUGUGAAAGAGGGCAGGGUGGAGCAUCAGAUAGAUGUGAAGGAUUAUCAGAAGAUGAAGAUAUAGAUGAUACAAGUUUGAUGGGUGAUGCUUCAAAAUGGAAAGAAAAUUUGUUUUCUCAAUCAUUUUUGAAGAAGAAAAUAAAUCUGAUGGACCUUGUGUAUGGUCAAUCCGCAUCAAUUCCCACUCCAAAGUCCUUUCAAGGACUUACAGAAGAUAGUGACAGUGAUGGUAGUGAUGAGGAGGAAGUGUUCAAGCUAAAACGGAAUUCUGAAAAGAAAAAACGUGAUAUGCAUCUCAAUGUUGAAGAUCCAAAUGCUGAUGACUGCACUAAGUCACAGGUAGACGAUUCACAGCUAAGUGAUUGGUUAAAUCAGGAUGUCAUUGAAAGCAUUCGCGACCGCUUUGUUACUGGUGACUGGUCAAAGGCUGCUCGCCGAGGUGAAGAAAUGGGUGGGAGUGAUGAGGAUGAUGAUUCUGCCUUUGGAGAUUUUGAAGAUCUGGAGACAGGAGAGAAGUACGGAGGAGAUGAUGCUAAUGAUAAUUUGGAGGACAGUAAAAAAUUGAAGUUUGCAGAAGAACAACGAAGACUGAAAAAGCUUGCACUUCGUGCCAAAUUUGAUUCUCAAUAUAAUGGAUCUGAGCCUUUGGACAAAGAAGAGGAGGAUGUGAAAAAGACCAAAUAUCACACAAGUCAAGCUGGACAAAGUGACUUCUUAGACAAGAUUAAGGAAGAGAUAGAGCUUUGUAAGCAGAGGAAUUUAGCUGAGCUUAAUGAGAUUGAUGAGGUUACUCGUCUUGAAAUGGAGGGAUUUCAAACUGGUUCAUACUUGAGUUUGGAGGUGCAUGCCAUGCCUUUUGAGAUGGUCAAAUAUUUUAACCCCCGGCAUCCAGUCCUGGUUGGAGGGAUUGGUAGAGGGGAAGAAAGUGUGGGAUAUAUGCAGGUUCAAUUGAAGAGGCAUAGAUGGCAUAGGAAGGUAUUGAAGAAUCGGGAUCCCUUUGUAGUUUCUAUUGGUUGGAGGCGCUAUCAAACAUUGCCGGUUUACUCACUUGAGGAUAGAAAUGGGUGCCAUAGAAUGCUUAAAUACACACCAGAACACAUGCAUUGCCUUGCAACAUUCUGGGGCCCUCUUGCACCUCCCAAUACUGGGAUAGUUGCUUUUCAAAAUUUAUCUAGCCAUCAGGCAUCCUUUCGGAUCACUGGAACCGGUGUUGUAUUAGAGUUUAACCAUUCGUUUCAGAUCGUUAAGAAGCUCAAACUUGUGGGUUACCCCUACAAAAUUUUCAAAAAUACGGCCUUUAUCAAAGAUAUGUUCACAUCAGCUCUAGAAGUGGCUAGGUUUGAGGGCGCUUCUGUCAGAACAGUUAGUGAAAUCCGAGGUCAAGUGAAGAAGGCUGUAAAGUCUGGACAAGGGAAGGAAGGUAGUGUGAGGUGCACUUUUGAGGACAAAAUCCUCAUGAGUGAUGUAGUUUUAUUAAGAGCAUGGACUCGAUUUGAUAUUCCUCGUUUCUUUAACCCUGUGGCAACAUCUCUUCAAUCUCGUGAUUAUGUUUGGAAAGGCAUGAAAACUGUUGCAGAACUCAGAAGAGAGCAAUCUCUUCCUAUUCCUGUUAAUAAGGAUUCUUUGUACAAGCCUAUAGAACGACAACCCAAGCAAUUCAAUGCGUUGAAAAUACCGAAGAAACUGCAACAAGCCCUUCCAUUUAAAUCGAAGCCAAAAGAUCUUCCAAAACGAAAAACCCCUAUACUUGAAAAUCGUCGUGCUGUGGUUAUGGAACCUCAUGAACGGAAAGUUCACACUCUUGUCCAACAACUGCAAACAAUAAGAAAUGAAAAGAUAAAGAAGCGUAAAUUGCAGCACCAGGAACAAAGAAAAGCAUAUGAAUUGAAAAAGGCUAAAGAUGAACAGGUCACGAAGCGACGACAACGUGAGGAACGGAGAAAACGGUACAGAGAAGAAGCAAUGCAGGAAAGACGCACAAGACAAAAAAAUGAGUAAUAACUUGUCUGUAAAUUCAGAAAAGUACACAGGUUUCAACUGUUUCUGUUGAAUUCUAUGAAGCUACAGUACCGGCAAAAUGCAUUUCAAAAGAGAGUUGGAAUUUCAUGAAUUUUAAGAAUUUUCUAACACCCAAACAGAAGGGCUGUUGUUCUUUGCGGCAGUAUCUGCCCAUGAUUGGUCAAUGGAUGUGCCAGCAACUUAACAGCCCCUGGGCAAAACCGUAGCAACUAUAUUUAGCAUGGAACUUUCUUUCUCAGCAUUCUGUGAUCAAGAUUGAUGUAGUAUAUGCGUUUGAAGAGUAUUUCUGAAGGGGCGCCAAACAAUGGCUCUAAUCUUCACAGUUUUGAGCAACAUUACAUUGCAUUUUUUAGGGUUGAAUAAUUUAUUGGUUAAAGUUGUAUGCGAUGGUCAAUUCAAUUCCCAAUUUUGACUUACUUUCUUAGGUUUUGAGGUUCAGGUAACCGAGGAAACAGCUUGACACAUUAUUAUGCUUCUAGAGCAAUUAGCAGAGAAUUGACAAAAUAUUUUGCACCAUUUAUUUCCUCACCAGCAUUGUAUGUCUCUAAUCACUUAAAGCAUAAUAUACAUAUUAGUAUACUAUCAUCAUUGCUGUCUAUGCAGUCCAUAAAGUGACAGCAUGCUAAUCUCCCAAGGACUAUUUUGUAAAAUCAAUUAUGCUUGACACUGAAGGCUAAAUCUGUUAGUAAGGUGCAGUUAAUAGUCUCUCAAUCGUGCCAUUUGAAUAUCCUUAA